AUGAGCGGCGCUUACGGAGAAGAUGAUAAAUACAUCUACAAGUUAGAGAUUUGCCAACAACCUCAAAGAGCCAGAAUGUGUGGGUUGGGUGAUAAAGACAGAAGACAAAUCAGUCCCCCACCAUGUAUCCAAUUGAUCAUAAUCGAUAAGGCCACCAAUCAAGAAAUACCCCCUGAAAAAGUGCCAAACGCUGCGUGCUACAUGUUGAUAGCAGAAUUAUGGGACCCAAAGGGAACAAAGAAUUUGAGUAUCGUUGACACUUUACAAGAAAGCCAACCAAAUGGCAAUGGUGAUGGCAACAACAACGAAGAAGACGAUGAUGAAUAUUUGGUAACCGGCACAGUGCAACGACCACCAUAUAACGAAACUACCUACCAAGCGGCUGAUCCUAACCUGGCAAAUAGCUUAGAAAGUGUGACGCUCGUCAACAAAUUGGACGAUCCAGCCCCAACCAGAAACUUGAUUGGUAAUAAUGUCACCAAUGCUUUCAAAUUGUACGAUGAACAUAACAAGUUGGGGAUCUGGUUUGUCUUGCAAGAUUUGUCUAUUAGAAUCGAAGGUAAAUUCAAGUUGAGAUUUUCUUUGUUCAAACUUGACCCAACGACUAUCUUUGACAGUAUCGAUAAUAAACCAGAAAUUGAUCUCAACUCUGCAGGAAGCACCGUUCCUAUUCUUGAUUUCAAAUAUACCGAUGUUUUCCAGGUUUACAGUGCAAAGAAGUUUCCUGGGGUCAUGGACAGCACCCCAUUGUCUAAGGCCUUUGCUAGUCAAGGUGUGAAAAUCCCAAUUAGAAGAGAUAAAAAGGGAGGCAACUGA